CACGCCGCCCCACCGGUUUCUCAAUGAAUCGGCAGGAUCCCUCCCACUUUGUGUAAGAGCUUAAUUAUAUGGUUUUUGCGAAACCAGAGGUACUUAAACAGCUAGAGCACUGUAUAUCUGGGUGGAAUUGUACAAUCUGACCCCCCUGAGCAUCUGGAAGACGUUUUCCGUUCUGGAGUUUGAUCGAUAAGCAUCAAGAUGCAGGUGUCUCUUGUUCUCUUAUAUUUCAGUUCGGCGCUGCUGCUGUUGCAGGGUUGCUGCGCAACUGUGCCAGGAUGGAGAGUUUUAAAAAACGACGCAACAGAAAUCAUACCUGAAUACACAGAAGAAACACCAUCUCCAGAGGAACCCAUACAACUGUCGAAUAAUUCAAUGAACCGGGCGAAACACGGGGGAAGGAGGAGAUCAGCGAACACGGCCUCAUAUGGUGCCUCCGAGCUGAGCUGCCGGGAGCUGCGGUCCACGCGAUACAUCACCGACGGGUCGUGCCGCAGCGCCAAGCCGGUGAAAGAGCUGGUGUGUUCCGGGCAGUGCGUGCCCUCCCACCUGCUGCCCAACUCCAUCCUGCGGGGCAAGUGGUGGAGGAGCAGCUCCACCGACUACCGCUGCAUCCCGGCGCACUCCCGCACCCAGCGCGUUCAGCUGCAGUGCCCCGACGGCAACAGCCGGACUUACAAAAUCCGCGCGGUCACCUCCUGCAAGUGCAAGCGGUACAGCCGCCACCACAACCAGUCCGAGGCCAAGGAGGCCUCUGCCCCCAAGCCCCGGCGCAACAAGAAACGGAGCCGCCAGCCCCAGGAGCAGAGCAAGAGCCCGGAGACGGGCAACUCCUACUGAGGAUCCCGCUCGAAGACGCACGUGUAUAUACACGCAUGCACACGCAGACACUCAUACACACACGCAAACACGUUCCCACACACCCGUACGCAUACACGUGGACGCACAAAAGCAAAAAAAAAAAACCCACAUAGUCGCACAAGUGCAAACGCGGUGCACGCCCGCCCGCACGCACGCACCGCUGCACGCGAGCACGCACAGUGCUCCUUCGACAGAGAGAGAGAAGCGGAGAAGCACUCAGACCGGCGAGCUGCGCACCAGACGUCCACGUCGCGCGUCACGUUUUCCACGCUCUACAGCUUUACCCAGACGUUCUUCAGACAGGCACGGUCUGUUGAGCCCUAGCAAUGUACUGCAGAAUGGGGGACAGCACACAGCUGGUCAGGACUUUGGGGGAUCAGCAGGUUGGGCGGGGUGGGGGGGGGGGGGGUCACGCCUUCAGAAACAGAUUUCCUUUGGGGGUGGACGUCAUCACGUGAACUCGCUCUCGAGGGUUUCGAGAACGGUCCAGUUUGAACUGCAUUAUUCCCUCCGCAUGUAAAAUUCAUCUCCGUGCGACAAACCGGGAAACGCCAACGUCCACUUCACCACUUUAAAAACUAGAGCGGGCCUCCGCAAAGUAGGCCGUGUCCCUGAGGCAGACAGAAUAUUUUCCGUGGCUGUGUCGGCUUUGCCCGUCUUCGUCAGUCCGCCCGUGAAUCCUGUGGGCCCCUCGGCGGCGGGCCGCCGGCCGGCCGUUCCAUCGCCACGGACGCCGGACGUGCCGCCAGCCGGGUGCCUCUCCGGAACAUUCAGACCGGUCUCAGAGGAGCUGUCACUCAGAACCAACAAUGCUGCCGCCGAUGGCCGAAAGGGACGGGGUCUCCAGAGCAGACCAGACCCCUCUGAGACCGGCUGCGCCUCGGGCAAAUGCGGAUCGAGUAUUGAACGGACCCAAACUGCAACUGCUUUUAAUUACUAAAUGAUCCCAUUCCUGUGUCGAGGUCGUGAGUCAUCAGGAAACAAAAUGGUUCCCUUUGGACGUUUUCACCUCCGGUCACUCUCUGUCAAAAAAUUCUUCACAUGAGCGAAAGGGCACAACAGUCUCUCCAGUGGUGGGGCAUAUGUGCUUUUGGCUGGGGCCGCGAUGUGUCCCGGAACCGCGGUGCAGCAGCUCAGCCAAACAGUCGCUUCCAGACAACAUCGCCGCAGCGCUAUCUCAGCCGAACCCCCCAAUAUGACGACUGGUUACAGCCCACAUGUAGCCAUAACAGGGAAGAGACAUUUGCAAAUAAUAACCGAAAUAUGAAUUGUUAUGUCAUAAUUCAUGUUACUUUCACAUGGGAUUCAAGAAGGAAAGGCUCGGGGAUGUCCAGAAGACUUCUUUAGUCCCACGGUUCUCACCACGGAGUCAUGCUAAAAUUGUGAGUGCCUGUAUUAAGGGCACGUGGGGCUGUUCCCAGCCGAUGAAGAAUACUGCCACAUGUCCGUACAUUGUUCGAGUACACUUGUUUUAGCCUAUUGCUUCCUGCUCUCUGUUUUGUACACAGCGCUGCCAAUGUUUACUUCUUCUCAAUUGUGUGUUUGAAAUAGAAACUGGAAGGGAACUUGUCAUGUAUGCAGAGUUGCCAUGUUAAGCACCGUCGACUGUUUGCCGUAGUGGUGUAUAUCCAGUGUGUACAUACUGUCCCCGUGUGGUCUGUCGGAGUGGUUCCCUCACCUGGCAAUGAGCUGACAGGGGCUAGAGGGACCGUUAAAAAGAAUUAUCUGCAUAUUUAUUUUUUAUUUCUUCAUUUAAAUUAUUUAUGCGACUUUUUUUGUAGUUAUGCGUUAGCCAUUAUUGUUGUAUAAAAGUAAUAGUGAAUUUCAGAAGAAAAAAAAAGAGAAUGAAUAAACUAAAGGAAAAUA